AGUGCCAAGAAAAAUUCACAAGUUUUGGAAAUGAAACGAAAGCAAAAAUGCACAUGAAACAACAUUUAAUCAAUCAUAUCGAUCAGCUAGUGUAUGAAGCAAAUGAUCCAGAAAGGAAAUACCGAUUUAUAUUUACUGCUGAACCAGUUCAUGUCCGGAAAAGGAAAUUAUCUGAAGAAAAAGCUAAAAAGAAGAGAUCGAACUAUGUGAAUUGUAAUCCUUUAAACGGGAGCAACAUCAACUGCAACAAGACUAUUAAAACUUUCACUAAUCUAAAAGCAACCAAAGAAGUUAGUCGAGAAAAUAAGAUGCCAACACCGAAGAGAAAUACUGUUGAUAUGAAUGGACCAGUGAGGUCGACAAGAAAAAAUAAUUUGUCUGAGAGAGAGAUAAAACAAUCAAACGAGACUGUAAAAAAUGUUAGUUCUCCAAAAAAAGUUAUGGCACAGCAUAACCUUAACAAAGAAACCAAACUUAAAAAAUCCCCUAAAUGUAAAACCAAAAAGGUUUCUUCCAAAUCUGUUCUUUUGGUGAAUGAAGAUGAUUUAAAAUUUGUAAGCACACAAGUUGCAGACGAAACGGCUAAAAAGGAGGAAGGAAACUGUGCUUCUAAGAAAGACAUUGUCAAGAAGAUUGACGGAAAUAAUGAAGAAUUUAUUUUAGAUUUGUUAAGGAAUACUCACCCACAUCAUGAUCAUUGUUACACGACGGUAUCCGGUAAGAAAUGUCUUGUUGAAACAUGUUCUGUAUAUUCAGAUCAGGAAGAGGACAAUUCUAGCAAUCACUCAGCAGAUGUCGAUGACAGUUCUACAUUUGAUAGCAGACCAUUAUUGCCAAUAUUGGAAUUAGAUUUUUGCAGUGAAGAUAUACCUACCGUGGCCUCUGAAGAGAUUGUGGACAGUUCAUUGCUGACCGAAGACGAUGACUCUUUGGGUCAUUGUGGACAUAAACCAUAUCCCCCUAUGCCGAAAUCAGCUUUAGCCAAAAAAGGGAAACUCCAGGUGCCAGAAGAGAAUGAAUCCCUUAGCGAAGGAGAAGCAGUGGAAUAUAACGCCCCUUGUCCCAAGAAGAAGAAGAAAGAUUUUGAGAAGAAUACAGCUGCUGAAUUAGAAAGGAAAACCGCAUUACGUUGCAUCAGGGAAUUGAAAGGCCGCAAGAAAGAUGAUAAAAUUGCUCUUGCUUGUCAAAUUUGUCUUGACAAGACUUUUACAGCCAGUGCAACUCUAAUGUACCACUAUCGUAGCCAUGCUGGAAUUAAACCAUUUGUGUGCCUUCUGUGCAGUACCACAUUUACAAGACAACACAGUCUCAACUAUCACAUGUUAAUCCAUAACAAUCAAAGCCGUUUCACUUGCAAAGACUGUGGCAGAAAAUUUCGGCAUCCCAGCCAUUUUAAGGAGCAUUUGCGACGACACACAGGAGAAACUCCGUUUGAAUGCAAAGACUGCCCACAAAAAUUCAAAACACGUAACACAUAUAAAAGACAUUUGAAAACAAGACAUGGCAAGUUGCUUACUGCUGCAGGUAUUCACGUUUUAUCAAAGGAAGAAUUUCUGAAAGUUAGAACUAAACCAUACAAGAAAUAUUACACUCUAAAACACACAGAAUCUGUUAAAGAACAAUUAAUGCCUGAAUUAGGGGAUUCCCAAUUAGUGAGUCCAUGUUCUGAAUCUGUUUACAAUCCAGUGCCUACAACAUCGAAUAAUGCCUCUAAUUUCACAAACACUAUUGAAAAACCAUCAACUGCUAUAAUUAAUUCUACAGACAACUCUUUCUAUAUCCCAUUUGAAAUAUCUGUUAAUUCAUGAAGGAAAUGGUUUAGAUGUUCUUUCAGGUGUUGCCUAUGUUUCUCAUUUUGAUAAUGUUUGACCAUAAUUUGAUAGUUAUACCAUAGUGGUAUUUUCAAGAUGGUACAACUGAAGCCAAAAAUUAAGUUUCUUAAACAAAACUAAAACAAAAAAAAAACUCCUCCAACAAAAUUGUGUUCUUCAUGCGGAAGAGAAUUUGGAUUAUUUUGAUAACCUAUUUCUUUAUCAACAGUACAUAUAUAUAUGUAUAUAUACACAUACACACACACAUACACACACACACAUAUAUAUAUAUACAUACACACAGACAUGUACAUAUGUAUAUAUAUAUAUACAUACACAUGUACAAAUGUGUGUGUGUGUGUGUGUAUACAUAUAUAUAUAUAUAUAUAUAUAUAUAUAUAUAGAAUGUUGAAAAGGAACACAUGAGUUGAUAUAUAUAUGUG